AAACAUCGGAAAUCGGUUGCGAACGUUGCGAAAGCACGUGAAAAGUUCUGUUCCGUCGCGGAAAAGUACAGUGAAAAUGCCUGAAGCCAUGGAAAAUCUUUCGGAAAAACCUCGACUCUAUCUGGAAGAGUACAAGCUGAAGCAAGAUGCUAACGAUUAUGGACUAUCAGACGAAUUGUGGAAUUUUGAUCGAUUCAAACAACAGUUGCAGAUUGUGAUCGUUCGAUACGAGGAAAAUGAACUGGAGUUUGACAUGAUUGGAGUCAGUCCGGCGAUCGCUAAUGCUUUUCGAAGGUUGAUGCUGAGCGAAGUGCCCAGUAUGGCAAUCGAAAAGGUGCAUAUUUAUAACAACACAUCGAUCAUUCAGGACGAAGUUCUGGCUCACCGGCUGGGAUUGAUACCACUAAAAGCCGAUCCAAGAUUGUUUGAAUACAAGACAAACGAGAACGAUCCAGCUAAUGCGUUGGAUACUUUGGAGUUUGAACUUAAGGUAAAAUGUACCAAGAAGAACAAGGAUUCCGCCGAGAUUACAAACAAUGACAAUAUGUACAAGAAUCACAGUAUCUACUCAGGGCAGAUAAAGUGGGUCCCGGUGGGCAAUCAGGCAUCGAUUUACAAGGAAUCCGACGUGGGACCGAUCGAUGAUGACAUUCUGAUUAGCAAAAUGCGGCCUGGUCACGAGUUCGAUAUUAAGUUGUUUGCCGUGAAGGGAAUUGGCAAAGAUCAUGCAAAGUUUUCACCGGUUGCAACGGCUUCGUAUCGGUUGUUGCCGGAAGUUCGGCUUAACCGGCCGGUCGUCGGGAGAGAUGCUUUGUUGUUGCAGAAGUGCUUCUCGCCGGGGGUGAUCGAUAUCGACAAGGAUGACCAGGCCUACGUGAAGGAUGCCCGAUAUGAUAGCUGCAGCCGGAACGUGUAUCGCUAUCCACAGAUUGCCGACGCGGUUACCUUGAGCAGAGUGAGGAACCAUUUCAUUUUCAACGUGGAGUCUCUGGGAGCACUCAAGCCGGAUGUGAUCUUCGUGGAGGCUGCUAAAGUAUUGAAGAAGAAAUGCAAGUUGUUCUUGGAUGAAAUUAAAGGUAAUUGAUUUGUUUGGCAGUAAA